GAUUAGUUUCUCCAACCUCUUUCAUCUCUUCUAAGCAACCUACCCAAACAACAUUACAUAAAUCUAAAUAUCUCCUUCUUCAUACAUUUAUAGCAAAUCAUCUUUUGCUUUAAGCAACACACUCACACAUACAAAAAAACCAGAGCGUUUCUCCCCGUCCUCUAUUCUGUUUGUACUUUUGGUCUCACUUUAAAGAUCAUAUACGCAAUUACAAGUUGAGAGAUUUCUGCAGAGAACAAUAUGUUGGAAAGUCUUGUCUCUCUAGAAAGUAUGUCCUUGAGCUUCAUGGAUGUGUCUGUACUUGAAAGGCUUAAAUGGCUGCAACAACAACAAUAUCAACAAGUUCAGAGCAGUACUAAUGCUUCAUCUGAACUUCUUCAGUUCCAGGGAACCAACAAUGAUGAGUUGUUGCAGAGUAACUUCAGCCAUUUUCAAAUGCUUGGAUCUGGUUUUGCACAAAACUAUGGCAUGGGUUUUGGUUCUUCACAUGAUACUAUGGAUGGCUGUAUUUCAAGAACAAGUAGCUGCCAGAUGGAUCCAGCGGAUACAAUAGGAGUAAUUUUGAAGAACAGUGAAGAAAACAUAGCUAUUUCCUUGAAAAACAAGAGAAAAUCCGAGAUUAAGACAAGGGAGGAGGAAAAGACAGAGAAGAAAAUCAAAGUAGAGGCUGAGACGGAGUCAAACAUGAAAGGAAAAUCAAACGUGAGUAACACGGAAUCAUCUUCAGACACUUCAAAGCAGACAUCAAAAGGAGCUUCAGAGAUCCAGAAAUUGGAUUAUAUCCACGUGAGAGCUCGUCGAGGCCAAGCUACAGACAGACACAGUUUAGCAGAAAGGGCAAGAAGAGAAAAGAUCAGCAAGAAGAUGAAGUAUCUGCAAGAUCUUGUCCCUGGAUGCAACAAAGUCACUGGAAGAGCUGGUAUGCUUGAUGAGAUCAUCAAUUAUGUUCAAUGUCUCCAGAGACAAGUUGAGGUAAGUAAUGAAACCAUGAUUAUCUCACCGUUAACCAAAUUUAGAAGUCUAAAUCGUGACAAUCUUUUGCAGUUCUUGUCGAUGAAACUGGCUGUCCUAAACCCAGAACUCGAGCUUGCUCUGGAGGACUUAUCUGUAAAACAGGCUUACUUUACAAAUCUUCAUGUAGUAGUUGCUUCGAAACCAUCUACAUUGGUUGAUGCGCCAUUGUUUCCACUGGAUCAGCAAGGAUCUCUAGAUUUAUCAGUUAUCAACCCGAACCAAACAACUUCCAUUGAAGCUCCAUCUCCAAGCUGGGAAACUCAGUCAAAGAGUCUCUACAACUCAUCUAGCCUUGGAUAUCAGUACUAAGAAAAUAUUCAUUUAAGCAACGAAGUUGACAUCAUCAGAAUCAGAUUCAGAUUCAGAACCAUAUUCCUAUGCCUAUAAACGUGACAACUACGCGGUCAUGGAAUAUUUUUCAGCUUUGCAUUAUCUUUUAAUCCUUGUUUUCUGCUUUUUAAACCAGAAGAACUGGAGAUAGCAAUUCAAAUGAUCUUGUCACCAUCAUCUUAGUAUAAAUCUUGGUUUAGAAGAUAAUAUAUAUAAAGCGAAAGAGAGUAAAUAAACACUAUAUGUUUUACAGGACUUAUAGAUGUGUAGUAGAAGAAAGAGACAGCUUUUGUGGCGACUACAAUUCCUUGUUGGAUGUAUAAUAAUAUCGAAGCAUACUAUUAAUCUUUUCCUUAUUUAUUUUUUCUUCAACUUGUAAAAUUUCUAUCUUUUUAAGAUCGCAUUCACAACUAGAUGUAGUCAUUAUUCAAAGUGUUAGCAUUUGUUUAUUAGACGGCCUUCUAGUCAAUUGCUAUAA